AGUCAACUGGAAACUGCGCAGAUGGAAAUAGUCCUUUUGCUGAUUGUUACACUUCCUGCACAUCAAACGCUUUAGGAUUUGUUUGUGUUCUUUCACAAAACACGAGUUUUAUAUUCUGCCAUGGAUAAUAGUGGGGAUGAGACCGAGGAGGAUGACAACGAGUGGGGGAGGAAUGUUGUGCCGUCUGCACCACUCGAACGUACUGAUGUUUUUGCUUUAGGUACUGGCCUUAACAAGAAUAUGGAACCAUACGCUACACACAGAGUCAUUUUGCAUUUUGACCUGGACUGCUUUUACGCCCAAGUGGAAAUGAUCAGAAAUCCAGCGCUGAGAGAAGUACCUUUAGGUGUUCAGCAGAAAUACAUUAUAGUCACCUGCAACUAUGUGGCAAGAGAGCAGGGUCUCACCAAACUAAUGUCUGUGGCUGAUGCAAAAGAGAAGUGUCCCCAGCUGGUGCUGGUGAAUGGAGAAGACCUGACACACUACAGAGAAAUGUCUUACAAAGUCACAGAGCUGCUGAUGUCCUACUGUCCUCUGGUAGAAAGGCUGGGAUUUGAUGAAAACUUCAUGGACAUCACAGAGAUGGUGGAAAAAAGGCUGUCAGAGACAUCAGAUAUAAACAACUUGUGUUUUAAAGGCAAUGUCUACAACCGUUACAGUGCAGACGUGAAGGCCCAGGAUUAUUCCAGACUGGCCGUUGGUUCACACAUUGCAGCAGAGAUAAGAGAGGCUAUGCACAGCCGACUUGGUCUGACUGGCUGUGGUGGCAUCGCCACAAACAAGCUUCUGGCCAAACUUGUGUCUGGUACCUUUAAACCCAAUCAGCAAACCACACUGCUUCCAGAAAAUAUCAGUGACAUCAUGAGUUGCCUGAGCAGUCUCCGCAAAGUACCGGGGGUAGGUCAUCAAACAAGCAAAAGACUUCAAGCCCUAGGACUGGUCAGCAUCAAAGACCUACAGCUCUUUCCGUUAAAUGACUUGGUGAAUGAGUUUGGAGCUCACUCUGCAGAACGUUUGAAGAAUCUGGUCAUGGGCAUUGAUACCUCCCCUGUAACACCCACUGGUGCCCCUCAGUCUCUCAGUGAUGAGGACUCUUUCAAAAAAAUCUCAACAACCAAAGAUGUUUUGGAAAAAGUUCAGCAGCUUUUGAGCAGUCUGGUAGAACGGAUGCACAAGGAUGGCAGACAGCCUCAAACCUUCAGGCUCAGCAUCCGCAGGUAUUCUGCGACUAACAAGUGGCUCAGCCGUGAAAGCCGCCAGUGUCCAGUCCCUUACCACAUUGGACAGAAGAUCACCUCUGGUGGCUGUAAAGACGCCGUGGUCCUCUUGGUCCCAUUGGCCAUGAAGCUCUUCCAGAAAAUGGUGAACAGCAACUCCCCCUUUCACCUCACCCUCGUUAAUGUUUGUUUCAGUAACCUGCAGGCCAGGGGAGCUGCCGUCACAGGAAAGGGCUCCAUAACAGCUUUCCUGACACACAGCACAUCUCCCAGAAUAACACCCAUGUGCUCACCACAAAAACAGAACGAUUCCUCUAACAGUGAGAAGAAUCACAGCGUCAACAGCCAACGUGCCGUGCAUAAUAACAUAUUUCUAUGUAGCCGAGAAAAAACAUUGACCACAAAAAGCACUUGUGGCUCCCAGGCAGUAUUACAUGAGCUCAAGAGGAAAUGGAGCUCUGCUGAUGCUGGGGAGUCUAACCUUCAAACGCAGUUCACCAGAACAGGACCAAACCCUGAUAACAAAAGCCACAGUGUGUCCAAUCAGAUGCCUUCCAAUUGUGACCCGGAAGUGUUGAAACUUCUGCCUGAGGAUAUCCAACAAGAACUGCUUUCUUAUUCUUACAUAAACUCUCUUCCUAGUACUUCUGCCAACUCGUCUCAACCAAGCAGAAUUUCUGGUGUUGUCCAGAAGGCAAAAAACACGUCACCAGACACCAUCAUACACUUGAAGGAAUUUGACGACCCAACACUGACUGUUAAUAAACCUGAUCCGUUAUCCACAGGAACCGUAAUUAAUCACCACAGGCCUCUGGCUGUGAGUGAGUGUUCAGUGACAGAAGGGAGAAUGUCAUUCCCCUUGUCUUCUGUCUGCACAUUCCCAGGAAAUGUAGACCUCAAGGUGUUUUCUGAGCUUCCUCUAGAUGUUCAAAGAGAGUUGAUGUCUGAGUGGAAACAUCAGAAACCAGUGCUGAAAGUUCUGUCAUCCAGGAAACCAGGGGCACUACCAAAAACCAAAGACAAGAAAAGUGCAAGAAAAAAGAGUCAGAGCAACAGUCUCCUGAACUAUUUCAAAUCUAGUUAGAGAAAUGACGUGACCAGCGUGACCUCUGCACUGAAUAUGUUAUGACUACAACUGUGAGUUAUGUUCAUUAAAAAUGUUAUUUUCCUAAUGCCUUUAACAUCUACUUUUAUAUACAUCUUUAUUUUUAUUUGUGCACUUUAGUUUGCAGCAUUUGACAUUGAUGUAAACCUAAUCUUGAGACAAUGAUGGAUCUGGGGUGGGGUGAAAAAUUACAUAGACAGUUUUAUUUUUUACAAAGUAGCAGUAAGUAAUUAGAAAUUAUUGAUUGUAGUAAAAGUAAAUAUUGUUGUUUUCUUGUUGUCGGGUGUUUUGAAAAGUGCUCUUUAAAAUGUAUUGUUAUUAUCGUUGUUGUUGUAGAGUAGUGGGUCACAUCCAUUGUGCAGCACACUAACGUGCCAUGGAAAUAUUCCAAUACCACUGUAGUACGUUCUAAAACUCAAAUACUCUCCCACGAGGUUGCAGCAGAUGCCUAUUAAAGACAGACUGUGAGCUGUUCAAGAA